UCUUGUGGCUCGCUCCGCCCCUCCCGCGCGCGACCUCGAGGAGCCGGACCCGGACUCUGCGGUCGCUCCAGGAGGCGCCGCGAUGAGGGCAGGCGUGAUUCACUGUAGAUGUUCCAGAUGUUUUUCUUUCCCUUCAAAGCGAAGGAUAAGAAAACGGCCCCGAGUCCUUACGUUGUUAAGUCUACCUGAGGAUGUUCUGUUUCAUGUUCUGAAGGGCCUUCCUGCGGAGGAUAUCCUCUCAGUCAGAGCGGUGCACUCACAUCUCAAAUACCUUGUGGACAAUCAUGCUAGUGUGUGGGCGUGUGCAAGUUUCCAAGAAAUAUGGCCUUCUCCAAACAACCUGAAGAUGUUUGAAAGGGCUGCUGAAAGGGGGAACUUUGAAGCUGCUGUGAAGCUGGGGAUAGCGUACCUGUACAACGAAGGCUUGUCCAUCUCUGACGAGGGGCGUGCAGAAGUGAAUGGAUUAAAGGCAUCACAUUUCUUCAGUCUGGCAGAACGUUUGAAUGUGUGCGCAGCUCCCUUUAUCUGGCUUUUUAUCCGUCCUCCCUGGUCCUUGAGUGGAAGCUGCUGUAAAGCUGUGGUCUAUGAGAGCCUCAAGGCAGAGUGUGAGCAGGAGAAGGCUCAGAAAGGAUCUAUCCUUCACUGCUUGGCUAAGGUGUUGAGUCUCUUUGAGGAUGAAGAAAAGAGGAAAGAAUCUCUUGAAAUGUUUGAAGAAUCCUCAAAGCAGGGUUGUUUGAACAGCUCCUACCUCCUUUGGGAAAGUAACAGAAAGGCUGCUAUGUCGGAUCCUGGCAGAUACCUCCAAAGUCUCAGGCAGCUACGAGACUAUGCAGCAAAGGGCUGCUGGGAAGCACAGAUGGCGUUAGCCAAAGCCUGUGGGAGUGGAAACCAACUAGGAUUAGAAGCGAAAUCUUCUAGUGAAAUGGUGUCUCAAAUCUUUCAAGCUUCCCUUCCUAUCAGCAAGCAAAGUAUCUUCACUGUGCAGAAAGGGAUGAAUGAAACGAUGAGGUACAUCCUGGUUGAUUGGCUGGUAGAAGUGGCUACCAUGAAAGACUUUUCUAGCUUGUGCCUUCACAUGACAGUGGGAUGCGUGGAUCGUUAUUUGAAGCUGAGACCUGUCCCUCGGACUCAACUCCAGCUUUUGGGAAUAGCCUGCAUGGUCAUUUGCACACGUUUCAUCAGCAAAGAGAUCUUGACGAUCCGGGAAGCUGUGUGGCUAACAGACAACACAUACAAAUAUGAAGACUUGGUCAGAAUGAUGGGUGAGAUCAUUUCUGCCUUGGAAGGAAAGAUACGGAUACCAACCAUUGUGGACUAUAAGGAAGUGUUGUCGAAGGUAGUCCCGCUGGAGAGAAGAACUCUGCACCUCUACAGCUUCAUUUGUGAGCUGUCACUCCUGAACACAAGCCUUUGUGUGUACUCCCCGGCUCAGCUGGCUGCUGCAGCACUGCUGCUGGCGAAGAUCCUGCACAGACAAGCGCGACCCUGGACCAGCCAGCUGUCCGAGUACACCGGUUUCUCUUUUGAAGACCUGCUGCCCUGUGUACUGAGCCUCCACCAAAAGUGUUUCCAUGAUGAUGUCCCAAAGGAUUAUAGGCAGGUGUCCUUAACAGCAGUGAAACAACGAUUUGAAGAUGAGCGUUAUGAAGAAAUAGGCAAAGAAAAGAUGAUGAGUUACAGCCAGCUCUGUUCAGUGUUGGGUGUGAAACAGGAGGAGCCAGAACCCAGUUCUUUGCACACAAACGUCGUGGAAAUUCAGACUUUCCUUAGCUCUCCCUCUGGAAAGAGAACAAAAAGGAGGAGGGAAGACAGCAUCCCAGAGGACAGGGGCAGCUUCGUGACAACUCCCACGGCGGAGCUCUCUACCCAGGAGGAGAGCCUGCUGGACAACUUCCUUGACUGGAGCUUAGAUUCCUGCUCUGGUUAUGAAGGCGAUCAGGAAAGUGAAGGCGAGAGAGAAGGAGACGUGACAGGUCCCAGUGGGAUCCUGGAUGUGACAGUGGUCUACGUGGACCCUGCAGACCACUGCUGCCACGACUCCAGCGAUGAAGACCUCUCCGUGGGGUGGGCUGGGCAUGCGGCACCACUGAGGGUGGCUCAGCUGCCAGACAACACUCACGGCCUUUCAGCACAUCUCACCCGACGGAAUCCUAACCUGGAAGGGAGUUCUGGCUACUCUUCCGUCAACAGUGCCAGCCCCAAGUCUUCCACUGAAGGCAGCCUUGGUGUACCUCUCAAACCUACCUCAGCACCGUCCCUCGGCAGGGACUCCUGGUUACAGCCGCUCUGCGCCAGGCCCUGUGAAGGCAAGUGCAACCGGCGGCAGGUCAAGCGGAAACACAUGGCAGAGCACAGCGAAGGAAGGGGGGACCUGGGCUUCUUAAGCCUCUGAUUUCUCCAUGCUCUUUACUUUUCUAAGCUUCCUGGAAACAGUGCUCUUUACUUUUCUAAGCUUUCUGUCAUAGUCCUGCAGGGAUGAUAGUGAAUAAUUGCCAAUACCUCCAGAAAGCGCCCUUCCCCUCACCUUUGCCUGUGCCUGUCCUGUAAUCCUGUAGCUCCCUUCUGGGCCACUUCCUUGGCAGCUGCCUUUUUAAAGUAUUUUCUUCUGUCUGAUCCUCUGCAAAUUACAAUUCUUCUCCACAUAGGAAGCUUUAGAGCUCUCUUAUCAUUCCUCUUUGGUGAUAGGAAAGAACUUGUCAUGUCCCUUGCUUCACUGUGAGCCCUGGCACUGUAAGAGGAAAGAGUUGACUUUGGUUCUCAAGUUACUGGAUGGAACACUAUGCUUGAAUUCUUCCACUUUUUGGUGCUUCCAAAGACCUUUUUGAGGUUGUGCUGCCUUUUCCUUCUGUCCAGGUAGCUGGUGCUUCCUCUCAGUACUUACCAUUUGCUGCACUGAUACAAGUUGUUUUAUUUACGGAUACAAUCAAGAGGUAAAUGAAGGCUCGCUGCAGGUCUGAGCUUCUUUUCUCCCUACCUCUGGAUGGUUUUAAACCCCAUGUGCCUCAGGCUCUGGUUGCCAGGUUUCCUCACCUGAAAAAUCCUUCUGUGCCUUAACGCUUCCCUGCCCUACAGCACUGUGAUCCACGAACUGUCCGUCUGCUGGAACUGUGGGCCCACCGCCGCCCCCAUUUCACUUUCCAUCUCUCAGUCUUUCUUACUAUUUCCAUUUGUGUGUCCUCACAUAAAGCACAAAUCACUUGAACACUAGAAAUGGGCAACAGUGCAGGAAGGGCAGGGGCUGGCUGCUGGAAAGCCCUACAUUCAGCCUUGCUCCAGGCAGAGGCUGCUUCUCUUAUCCAAAAGGAGACCUGUGCUGCUGCAGUACUGAUGUGAAGAACCCUCUCCACUGACCUCGGCCUGGGCUUAUGCUGCCUGCGGACCAGCCCUCUCCUUACAAACUGAUAGUGAGCAUUGGAAUACCAAGGUACAAGACUUCCAGGAGAUGCUGCUGCAUUUAACACUGGAACUGGACUCCACGCCUCCCAUUUUGUUCCAAGGUGACUGGCAGGUAGCAGCGGUUCAGACACAGUGCAGGGACUUUUUUUAUAAAAAACUUUUUAACAGAGCUGGCUCCUGUCUUGCUUCCAUGACUGGUAUCCCACAAAAUCACAGACUGUCCUGAGUUGGAAGGGACCCACAAGGACCAUCAAGUGCAGCUCCUGUCCCUGCACAGGACACCCCAACAUUCACCUCGUGGGGCUGAGGGCCUUGGCCAAAUGCUUCUGGAAUAUUGUCAGGCUCAGUGCCGUGACUGCUUCCCUGGGAGCUGUUUGAGGGCUCCACCAUCCUCUGGGGGAAGAACCUUCUCCUAAUGUCCAACCUAACCCUCCCCUGGCUUCUUCCUGCCAUUCCCUUGGGUCCUGUCCUUGGUCACCAGAGAGAAGAGCUCAGCGCCUGCUCCUCUUCCUCCCCGUGUGAGGAGGCUGCAGAGCAUGAUGAGGUCUCCCCUCUGUCUCCUCCAGGCUGAGCAGACCCAGUGACCUCA